CUGAAUCGAUCAGACGGUGUCAAGGUCUAAAAUCAAGCGUUUGUAGGAACUUUUUCCUCUAUUUUUUUCUUCAGUUUUUCCAAGUAUUUACAGACAAAAUGGAGAUUCCUAUCUCUAUAAAUGACACAAAACAUCUGACAGCGAGUCCCUCUUCAGAACGGCGGAGCGUUUCACCAUCAGCAUCACCGUCAACAUCAGGUGCUAAAGAAACUCAAAAAUCGCCUCGAAAAUCGCUGUCUGCAUCAGAAUCAGAGACAGAAACAGAAUCUCCAGAUAAGUCAAAGUCUAAAUCACCAUCCAAAGUUAAAACUUCACCAUCAUCACAGGAAAGAAAGCGGAAAGCAGAGUUAGAUGAAGAAACGAGACAAAAAAAUGAGAAACAGGAAGAGGAGAGACAGAAAAUGCAGGUUCUUGUUUCCAACUUCUCUGAGGAACAACUCAACAGAUAUGAAAUGUACAGAAGAGCAGCCUUUCCAAAGGCAGCAGUGAAAAGGUUGAUGCAGUCUAUAACGGGAACAGCUAUAUCUCCAAAUGUUGUCAUAGCAAUGGCAGGGAUAGCCAAGGUGUUUGUGGGCGAGGUUGUAGAGGAAGGUCUUGACGUUCUAGAGCAGUGGGGCGACUCUGGACCCAUCCAGCCAAAACAUAUCCGGGAGGCAGUCCGAAGGCUUCGUAGCAGAAAUACCAUACCAAAUGUAAAGAAAAAGAAAGUUUUACUUUCCUGAUAUAACAGUUGAAGGGUAGACAUGUAGUUAAAAUUAAAGUUGAGCGAAUAAUUCAAGUGGAGAGUAAUUAAGUUGUGGAGAAAGUGUAAACUGUGAACAAUGGACUGUAGAAUGGUCGUAUGGUUGCAUAUCUACUUGCCUUGACAAAUUUUGAUGUGAGUGGAUGAGACAAGAGGGAAAUAACUCUGUGUGAACUUAAUGGGAAAGAAUCCGAUUACAUUACCUUGCUCUUCAUUGCAAACUUUUAUUAUUUAUCACAUUUGUGGACAUUUUAAUAUGGAAAAUGUCAAACUUGGCAUUUCACAAUUUUUUUAUGAUGCAACUAAAUUGUUGAUAAACAAAUGUAGCAAACAUGAAUUGUUAAUGCCUAAAAAUAUAGUGCUACAAAACAACACAAACUGAAGAUUCAUACGCUUUUGUCCUGAUAUAUUUUAAGUUUACUAAAUUAGUUUAAUUUUUUUUAUCUGUUUAUCUGUCAUUAUUGAUAUAAAUUUAUCUGUUAUUUACAGAUAUACAUGGGAGAAUUAUUUUGAUAAAAAGUAAAUGUUACUUAAAUAUACAAAAAGUAAAUGAAUAUUAUCUAUAA